UCAUGUGCCAACAUUUUUGCUCCGUUACUGACAUGAUACAGAUCGAAGCUAAGGAUCAUGAGAGAGGAAAAUAUGUAUAGGCCUAUUGAACAUGUAAUCGGGAUAUGCUUGGUUACUGUGAAUUGAUUGUCGUUUCCAAUGUCUUAUACGGACGGUACGAUCGAACAAAUUAUGGCGAACAAUGUGAACCCAAAUAUAGGGAAGCAUCCUAAAGAAGGAUGGCGGUGGAACAUAAAUACGGACGACUUCCCUUCCGUCAAGCCCGCUCUUGCUCCCUACACACAGUUAUCCCUGACAAUUACAUACAUAUGUUUGUACGGAUUUCUGUUUAUAUUUGUGCUCUGUCAGCUGUGGAUGAUUUGGUACUACAGACAUAAACGGUUCAGCUACCAGACAUGCUUUCUAUUUACCUGUUUGAUUUGGUCAGGAUUACGAACAACCUUAUUUUCCUUUUAUUUCAAUAACUGUAUCCAAGCCAACAGUCUGCCCUUGUUUCUGAACUGGUUGUUUUACUCUUUUCCUGUGUGUCUUCAGUUCAUCACAUUGUGUCUACUUGUUCUUUUCUUUGGCCAGGUUGUUUUUAAGGCCAGAGCCAAAUAUGAACCCAGUCGUUACAAGAUUCCAUUCCGUGUGGCAAUGGCUGUCAUUGUGCUGAUUUUCGUAACAACCAAUGUGUCUAGCGCCAUUUUGAUUCAUCACCAGAGGCAGAACUAUCACUCUCUUCCUCUGUAUAUUCUUGUUAUUCGUGUCAGCAUUAAUGGAACUCUAUUUCUGUUAGCAGCCAUUGUUUUGUCUGUCUGUAUCUACAAAAUGAGGACUAUGUCUUCCUCUAAUGUGAUAUUAGAAGCUAAGGGAACAACAUUAUGUCAGUCACUGACUGUCUCCAGUUUAAUCAUUCUACUGUAUGCCUCUCGUGCCAUAUACAACAUUCUAGCUGUUCUUUUAAUCAACAAGAUUCCAAGUUUUGGAUAUGGAUGGUCAAAUGUUACUUCACAGGCAGAUUUGGUGGACCUAGAAGGUGGAUAUGCAUUUAUUACGUUUGGAAUCAUCCUCUUUGUAUGGGAGUUUUUACCUACCUUAGUGAUAGUGGUCUUUUUUCGUGUUAAAAGACCACAAAAUAAUCUAGACCUUGUGGACUUGUCUAGUCACAGUCAGAGCAGCAGACAGUACUUCUUUGACAACCCACGUCGCUAUGACAGUGAUGAUGACCUCAGCAGAGCUGACAUGUCUAGAAGUAUCAACUCAUAUCAACCCAGCACAGGGCCAGGAACCCCAACCAGAAGUACACCUAGAGGCACCCCAAGGUUAUAUGGCUCAAUACACAGUGCUGCUGGCAGCUAUACUAACAAGUUUGGAGGCUUCAACUCUUCUCCUGCAGCAGCCACUAAUGAUUAAAGACAGUUAAAUUCUUUCAAGUCCAUUUAUAGAGAUCAAAGUUAUAUCAACUUUUUUUUAAUGAAUGAAAUUACAAAAAUUAAAAAGAAUGGAUUUUUUUCUCCAAAUAUCAUUGAGUGCGAAAUUAGUUUGUCCUAAAUGCAUUAAUGCAGUUUGGACUUCAAUUUGUACAUGAAAUUUUGAAACUAUAGAUAUAUGUGUGAUUGAUGUGAAUGUAUAAAUUUAUUCUGUACCUUUUUAGCUCAUCUGAUCAAAUUUGUACAGCAUUUUAUGUAAUGUCACACUAUCUAUCAUUCACAUCAUUUCAAGGAAGGGUGUCACUGAAAAGAAGCCAAUUUGUUUUAAUAAGUAUUUUGAGAAUUGACCUCAAAAUAAUUUUUUUCAUGAAUUCAUGGGUUCCCCCAAAUUUUUCACUAACCGUACAUAUUUUGUUGUACUUUGACUUGUAAAAAAUUUUUCGGGGGUGCUAAUAGUAAGUUUUAUACACAUGAAGGAUGGCAGAAUAAUAACAAUAAUAGCUCUUUAUAAGAGUUACUAAGCUGCAAAAUUCAACUGCAAACAAACCCAAAAUUUAAUGCAUUUAAUUUAUUUCAUUGGGUGGAUGAUUAUCAGGAUUCAGAAAAUUUUAUAAGCAUAAAGAAACAGAUUGCUCACAUGUAAGCUGUACUUGAGUUCUCCAGUGUGGCCAGGUAAAAUUCAUGUAUACUGGUAGUUUUAUUAUUAAAUUUUUGUCAUGAAAAUCUUUGCCUUGCCUUUUUGACCACUCUGUGAUAUAUACACUCUGUGCGAGUUCUUAUCAAGCUUUGGAUUGCUGAGGUGUGAGGAGUACAGGCUACAAUUAUCUGUGUUGCUUUGCGUAUUCAUUAUUUAUUCAUUGCUCUUUGUCACAUGUGUCAAUGACUGACGAUGGGGUUGAUACAUGUUGUACUGCACAUGUAAUCCCGGUAUAAUGUACUAAUUAAGUAUUAUUCAUUGUAUCACUGACAAAAUUGACCAGAAUUUUUUUUUGGAAAUGUUAAGGUUUAAAGAAAAAAAAAACAACCUGUAAGUUAAGAGGAUGGAAUGGUCAUUUUAGACUAUAUAGUAUAUUUAUCUCCUUGAGAAGAAAAAAAUUGUUUAAAAAAAAAAAUUGAGAUUUCAAACCUUAGGUAUAUUGAAUUUUUCUUCACCAAGUAACAGCUUAUGCCUAAAAAAUCAUAUCUUUAAUUUUAAUGUUUUGUUGACCAUCCAUCCAUACUGAAUCAGAUUGAUUGUAUUAUGUUGAAUUCAUAAAUAUUUGGCAGAUUUGUUAAUAAUGAUAUCUGGGAAUUAAGGUCAAGGCUUUAUGUUGUGAAACACUGAAUUGACUUUCAUGUCAUUUUUGUCUUUCAUUAAGUUUUAAUUAUUAUUGUGGUUGUGUUCUUUGGUGCAAUGUAGUGCUUAUAGAAUAUAAUUAUAUACAUUCUCUUUGAUGUAAAAUAUCCCUUCUAGAAUCAUUCCUCAUUUUUUAUUUUAUUUUUUAUUUUAUUUUUUAAGUACAUGUAGAUAGAUUGAAUAACAAUUUACAGCAUUUGUCACUAAAAAUAAUUUAAGAAUAAAUGAGAUUUAGAAUUAAA